AGAUUUUUAAAUUAUGCUUCAUUAUCUGACAUUAUGGAACUCACACCCGACUUUGAUGGGUUGGGAGCCAUCGAUUCCUUGUCUGCUGAACAAGUGGGAGACCUUGCCUUCAGCGGAGACGUUCUCAACAAUGAAUCAAGUGCAGGCGUCCUUGUGAAUUCUUUGGACAGACGGCCUUUCAACCAGAUGGACUCUUUCCUGACCAGUUUCGAGGCCAACGCCGAGCAGAGAGGCAUGGUGUCGGUGGCGAACACGAACAUCAGGAGUUCAAUGCUGAACGUCAUCUACGGAAAGCUUUCCAGUCAUUUCCACAGCUUCACAAUAGAGCAGUGGAGGGAUGUUUUCUUGUUUAAACUUAGAUUCUUCCUGGGAAGCAUUACCGAAAGCCAGAUUGACCUCCUCCCGGGAAACAUCGAUUGUGACGUUUUCCAAAUCAUCGUUUCUGCCCUGGACAGGCAUUACCAGGACCUGUCACCCGGUGCUCGUCAAGCCUUCUACCAGAAAGCAAAGGCAUACCUCCUAGCUAAGAAACAAGGCACUGAAUCAGCCUGUGGUGCAAAAACUUCAGGCAGCGUUGGAUGGCUCCUGGCCAACCUGGGUUCAUUCCGCGCCCUGGCCUCUUAUCAAGACAUCAUUUCACUUAAACCAGACUUUAUGUUUACGGAUGCAGUGUUGAUCCUCAAUGAAAAACAGUUGGCCUCCUAUUCGGUUGAGAGCGAUGCCUUAAGAGAUAAGGACAAAAUUGCAAAGGUGUUUACUGGAGUGAGCAACCUUGAUCUUGGGGCUUUCUUAGAUGCCUUCAACCUGGCCGCUGAAGAGAAACAGCUCACUCAGCUGCCUAGUUCCGAGGUCAGAAAGUUCUUUAUCGGAGAAGUCUUCUGCCAGCUCGGUCGACGGUUCUCCUUGUUCACAACGGCAGACUUCACCAACUGGCUUCAAGUCAAGCUUAAACUUUUCACCAGUGGACUCAACGCCAAGACCCUUGGCUUCAUACCGGUUGAUAUAUCCUGCGACUCCCUUGCUGCCAUCAUCCAAGUCUUAAGUAACGUUCAGAAUCUAGAAUUCUCAGAAGACAUUUAUACGUUCCUGCAAUCAGUUCUGGAAUCACAGCUUAAAAACUCAGGUUCCGCUUGUACCAGCGCUGAAUUGAGCGAUAGAGAGUGGCUGCUGAAAUACUUCGGAAAGUUUAGUACCUAUGCUAAGUGGAGUGAAAUUGUUGCCCUGCACCCUACUUUCCAAGGGCUAAAUACGGCUGAUCUGCUAACUGACACCCAAUUGGCCAGCGCAUCCGUCUCGACUUUCAUCAUCAGCAAUGUGACCGCCAUUAAUGAUUUGUUCCUCAGCAUUUCGGGCGACUCCGAUUUCCUCUUAAACUUCCUUGGAUCGCUGGGAGACUUUGUCCUGAAGGAUUCUUCUUUACUGGCAAAUACAAAAGUGAGAGAUGCCAUCCUAAUGAACACCGCGGAAAUUGUAUUCGUCGAUUUUAACACAUAUUCUCUGGCAAAAGUGCAAAACUGGAUGACUACAAUAAGCUUUUUACUUCCUGGAAUUAAUGCUACCAUGCUGGAUUUCAUCAGUCUGGACUUGCCCUGUGCUUAUUACCAAGUUGUCAUUCACGCUCUGGACAAGGUAUUCCCCAGUCUUACAUCAAAUAAGAAGAACGAGGUGGCCAACUUUGCCAAAAAAUACCUGGCUCACCAACAACGAGAGAAUGAUAACAUAUGCCUACCCGCAUCUGGCGAGGUCAUUGAAUGGAUCAACAACUUACUAGGUCGAUUCUGCAGAGUAUUAACAGUUAGUGACAUUCAGACGUUUUACCCAGAUUUGGAUACAGUAAGUUAUACAAGGGUCUGCGUCUUAUCAUAACGGCCUGUUGGAAUGCGGAAAAACCUACCAGAAGAUUGACUAUUUAACAUUAAUCUUUCAUAUUUUCAUAUAACACCAUUGACCCCCCCCCUAGAAAAAAAAUAAUGCUGGAGAAAUCAAGAAUUAUAAUGUACGUCACUUGAAUUGGCUAAAUAGUUGUAUACGAUUGUCCAUGGGAUGAUAUUUAACAGGUUCUGACUGGGGUUAGGUUUUACCAAAUAUUCUCACUUUCAUCAUCGUGAUUUGGGUUAAACACCUCCGCCUUUGGUUCAGUUUGGCUUGAAAACCUAGCAUGCUGAAAGCAUAAUGAAAUUGUGAAACCCUUAAUAUUCUACAGCACAUAGACCUCUGUAUCCUGAUCCUACCAAAGCUGCUGUAUGGACAGUAUGCACAAUGGCUUCAUAGUAAGAGCACAAAAACUGUGAACUUUGAACAGAAUUCAGCUUCAUUUAAAAUUUGAGUUUUUAAUCUGGCUCAUACAGUCACACUUUUACAAUCAGCAAUGCAUAUUAGGGCUUGCUGGACCUAUUAAAGGCCUCACCCUUCCUCCGUGAGAUAAAAACUCAAAAUUAACACCAAAAAAAAGACCAUCCCCGUGUCCUGUUCUUUGUAUCAACCCCUGAAAUAUAUAUUAUACUAUGGGUUCCCCUUAAUUGGGUUUUUGAGCCCGUUUUAUUUAGUUAAAGGAUAUCAUGAUUCUGUGACACUAUGAACCUGCUACAUAUAUCAUCAAUAAACCUUCCCAGUUUAGAUGAUCAUCAUAUUCUAGAUAUUCCUUUUGAUUCUUUUGACUUGAACAUUAAUGCAAUCGGGGAUGGUCUUAAAAACACACGAUUCUCUAUGAUCCUCUAUGAUCUGAUGGACCCAUUUAACAAUCUCUUCAAUGCUAUGAAGAUGUUUCUGUAUGCUGUAGAAAAUUAACGGUGACAUCUCAAUUACCUUAUGUUCUUUGACCCACUGAGCAACCAGUCGGGUGAGCCAUUUCAUCUUCAAAUUCACCUGCACAAAAAUGCAGAUUUCUCAGAUAAUCUAGAAAAAAAAAAUGGUAAACCACAUUAAGUCACAUUUCUGUGCCGGAAGAAACGUUUAGUUUGAUCAGUAGCAAUAUAUUGUCUUACUUCAUUAAGCUUUCAAUCACUAUCUGGUUUUCCCAAUCAACAACAUCUCGUUCUUAGCCUUGGGGGGGGGGUAUUUUCAAAGCGACGUUAAGGUGGAGAGACUUUUCGAGUAAAAUCCUUUACGGUUAUUCCAUGGAAAUGGUAGUUCACUAAUCAUGGAAGAAUACAAGAAUUUGCAGCUAUCUUUCCAAGCCUUUCAUUGUUUAGUAAAUAUCGACCUUUAGACUAAUUCGAGGACUUCUCCAUGCUUUUCUGAUGAACGUCCUGCGUCCUGACAUCUGAUGUUUCUGCUACCAGAACGAUUAAAAUAAAAUGUAUUUCUCCACAAACCUAACAGUCAUUUUGUCGAGAGAGAGAGAGAGAUGUCAAUUUAGUCGAUGGUGCUGGAAAUUAUUAUUGUUCAUACAUUCCCCCUCAUGUUCUUCAAACGUUAACAUUUCAGCCAUUCAUUCUAUGUAUACCCACAUGAUAGGAAUUAUGUAACAUUUAAUACAUAUUUUUACUUGAUUUUCCUGAAUGUAACUUAAAAAAGGCUUUCUGUACGGCUGUUUGCUAACCUGUAUGCCCUGUUACAAACUGCUACUGCACCCGAGAUUUUUACCUUAUCUGUAAAGCUGUCUAACUUCUUACAAUAAAUGCUCA